AUGACGCUCGUCAGGAUCAGCAACAAUAAAACUCUCAAGGGCCACAAGGCCAUAAUCUUCUCAACCGUUGAACCACCCAAGGCUCACAUUGACGCUAUUCAGAAACAGUUCCCUGAUUUGACCAUCAAGACUUUUAUUCAGCCAUGGGGUGCACCUCUCGAUCCUAGUUUCAAGGAAGAAGAGUGGCAGGAUACUACCGUCUUACUGACUGCUACCUUAUUGCCAAAGCCAGAGCAGGCGCCGCAUUUGCAAUACAUUCAGCUCACGAGCGCUGGUGCCAACCAUCUCAUCAAGGAUCCCCUCUUUACGGAUACAAAGAUUCCAUUCUCGACCGCUAAUGGAGUUCAUGGUUUGAUAGUAAAGGAAUACUCGAAGCUUCAAGAUGAAGGAAAAUGGAAACGUCUUCAUCAGGGUGCCGAAGAUACUGAAGACACAGCUGGCAAGCGAAUUGGUAUUCUGGGCUACGGAAGUAUCGGCCGUCAAACAGCUCGUCUAUCUAAAGCUUUAGGCCUUGACGUCCAUGCCUACACUCUUCACCCUCGCAACACCCCCGAGUCCCGCCGCGAUGACUCCUACACGCCUCCUGGCCUCGGUGAUCCAGAGGGUGAAUUCCCUAGCAAAUGGUUCUCCGGCGGAUCCAAAGAAGAAAUCCACCGAUUUCUCGAUUCAGGACUAGACAUCCUCGUCAUCUCAGUGCCAUUGACCGACAAGACCAAGGGGUUGAUCUCGAAGCCUGAGUUUGAUAUUCUCGGUAAGAAGGGGACUUUCUUGAUUAACAUUGCGAGAGGGCCCAUCGUCAAUACCGAUGAUCUCAUCCAGGCGCUUAAUUCGGAUACGAUCAAGGGUGCGGCGCUUGAUGUCACUGACCCUGAGCCUUUGCCGGAUCAGCAUCCACUGUGGAGUACGAAGAAUGUGACUAUCACGCCACAUAUCAGUGCUGCUUCCUCAUUUUACUAUACGAGGCUGUUGGAUAUUUUUAGAUUGAACCUUGAGAGGCUGAGCCAGGGACGAAACGAUUUCAUCAACAAAGUCAACCGGAAGGAAGGCUACUAG